AUGGCGACUGACUCUCUGAGCAGCUUAUGUUCUAAGAGUUCGGUUUUAAAACGGGACUCUCGGUCACGUAAUUCUUCGACGAGGCGGAGGAGCUCGCUAAUGUCAGGGGGACGGGGCUGGACCUGUGCGGAGGCGCGUGGUAACUGGAGCUGGGGAUACACUAAAGAGAACGUGGCUAGAUGGUGGACUGUAGAUACUGGAAUUCUUUUAGAUGUAGAGCUUCCUGAUGAACCAGAAGAAAACCCAGCAUCCAAAUUGGAUAAUCAAAGCCCUUCCCUUCCCGUGGAAAAUCAAAACCCUUCUCAGUGUGAUGAGGUCUCACAUUUGCACGAAUUGAGCCAAGCCAAGCCCAGUCAGACUUCUGCAUAUGACUGA